CCUAGAUUUACAUCCGGGUUCUUAGGCUUUACGCUUCUCGCGCCGGCUGGUGUUUCUCCGGGCUGACUGGCUGCUGGUUGUUUUCGCUGUUCCAGCGUCAGAAGAACCGGUGGGUCGGCAGGUUUGAACUUCUUGUCCUGGAAGCUGUGCAUCACCAUAAUGAGGCUUGUAAUUCUUGAUAACUAUGACUUGGCUAGUGAAUGGGCAGCCAAAUACAUCUGUAAUCGCAUCAUUCAAUUCAGACCUGGACAGGACAGAUAUUUUACACUGGGUUUGCCAACAGGGAGUACACCUUUAGGAUGUUAUAAAAAACUAAUAGAAUAUCAUAAGAAUGGAGACCUUUCUUUUAAAUAUGUGAAGACCUUUAACAUGGAUGAAUAUGUAGGACUUCCCAGAAAUCAUCCCGAAAGCUACCAUUCUUAUAUGUGGAAUAACUUUUUUAAGCAUAUUGAUAUAGAUCCUAAUAAUGCUCAUAUCCUUGAUGGGAAUGCUACAGACUUACAAGCAGAAUGUGAUGCAUUUGAAAAGAAAAUAAAAGAAGCUGGAGGAAUUGAUCUUUUUGUUGGAGGAAUUGGUCCAGACGGUCAUAUUGCUUUCAAUGAGCCAGGAUCCAGUUUAGUAUCAAGGACAAGAGUAAAGACUCUAGCAAUGGACACCAUUUUGGCAAAUGCUAAAUAUUUUGAUGGAGAUUUAUCAAAAGUGCCAACUAUGGCUCUAACAGUUGGUGUGGGGACAGUGAUGGAUGCUAGAGAAGUAAUGAUCCUCAUAACAGGUGCACACAAGGCAUUUGCUCUCUACAAAGCAAUAGAAGAAGGAGUCAAUCACAUGUGGACUGUUUCAGCCUUCCAGCAACAUCCCCGAACUAUUUUUGUAUGUGAUGAAGAUGCUACUUUAGAAUUAAGAGUUAAAACUGUGAAAUACUUUAAAGGUGAAUUAACAGGCUUAGUACGGAUGUUAAAGUCACUUAGAAAUUAUUUUCCAUUGGAGCUUUAUAUAUUUCUGAAGAGAUUCAGGACAUCAGCCUCUGUCAGGAUGCCUCCUUCAAUAUGGAGAAAAAUGGAUUUGCAGUAUUGUUCUGGGCUAUAUAUAUAGACCUCAUCUUACAGUAAGAUAUUUUGAUAUUAGGUUUAAUGCAUGUGCACAAUAAACUUGUGGAUCCACUAUACAGUAUGAAAGAAGCAAAUUGAAGGAGACUGGAUCAAAAUUCUGCUUGAAUGAACAGAACACUUUUAUACAUAGAUGAAUUUUCAGCUAUGCAAUAUGAUAAAACUUGGGGAAUCUUUGGAUAUUGUCAUUUUUGAAGUCUAAUAUCUCUAUGUUAAACAUUCCAUAUUUACAACGUGUCCAUUUUAUACUAGGGUUUAGACGUAAUUGGCUCUCACAAUUGAUCAGCUAGUUGUUACAGAAGCCACAGUCACUCUAUAACAUAGCACAGAAAUGCAAUGUCUGCCUGUUUACAAAUUUUAAGUCAUUUUAAAGGUGACAAUUCUGUACAUAAAGUACCAUGUAUAUGACUCCAGUGGCAUUAUUAGAUUUUAAUUUUUUAAUCACAGGAAGACACUCCAAGCCUUUCAGGUAUCAAACCACUAUCAUUGCAAGCCUUUACUUCCGGAAUGCUAUCUUUAUAAUAUUCUCUCUGCAAAAGCUUUCUGCACGUGGUUGCCUUAGUCAUCUUCCUGCAGUAGCAUCUGGACAUCAAAAGUCCUGCUAUAUAUUGUUGGUACAGAAAAUCUGAAGAGACUGCAGUGCCUAAAAGUACAGUUUACGUCCUUUUGGAAAGUAUGUAUAAGUGCAUGUUUUUUGUGCACCACCUUCUGUAGCACUUUUUUAAACAGAUGUGCUCUUAUUUUUAGUUAACGACUUGGGUUCACGCACUUAAUUUAAGUAUUUUAGCAAUUAGGAGCUUUAUACCUAGCAACACACUUAAGGAAAUUAUUUUUUUUGAAGAAAAUUUUCUGAUUAUCAUUAAACUUCAUAAAUGGUUAGCUUUAUUCCUUACAUAUAUAUAAUGUCUAAAAGGAUCAUAUGAUGAAGUAUAAUAUAAAGUUACUGUAAACUAUUUUAGAUUGCCAUAACAACUUGCAUUAUUAAAUUGCAAAUAAAAGUAUAUUGUUUUCUAUCUUUAACUCAAAUAAAGCUUAUAAUAAACAAAUGUAAGUUAUCUAAA